AAUAAACAAUUAAAUAUGAUGGGAAAGAGUAGUAUAAAAUGUAGAUUCAUAAUCAAAUCUUACUACCCAAUUAGAGCAAUUGAUCACUACAAUCAUAUCCAAUACUAACUCUAAUUACUUACUUGUUGUCUUCAACAAUGAUCAAGAAAGCUGCUGUGGCCUCAUUUCUGGUGCUUUUAGCCUUAGUUUUUCAAGCUAUUUUCCCCCCUCCUCCCAAAAUUUGUAGCUUUUCAGGUGAUCCAUCCCUCACCUCAAGAAUCAAACUUAAGGAUGGAAGAAAUUUGGUGUACAAAGAGUAUGGGGUGCCCAAAAAAUUGGCCAACUAUAAAGUUGUAUAUAUUCAUAGCUUUCGUACAAGCAAAUUCGAUGCUGCCCUUAUAACUUCGAAAGCAGUUGAAGAAUUAGGGGUAUAUGUGGUGUCUUUUGAUAGACCAGGGUAUGGAAAAAGUGAUCCUCAUCCAAAGAGAACUUUUAAAAGUUUAGCUCUUGAUGUAGCAGAGCUUGCUGACCAAUUGGAACUUGGAACUAAAUUCUAUGUUAUGGGAUUAUCCUUGGGUGGUCAGCUUGUUUGGGGUUGCCUUAAGUACAUACCUGAACGCUUAGCAGGAGCUGCACUAUUGGCUCCAGUAGUAAAUUUCUGGUGGCCUGGAUUUCCAGCAAACUUGACUAAACAAGCCUUUGAUGAGCAGUUACUUAGAGACCAAUGGGCUUAUCGAGUUAUACAUUAUGCUCCAUGGCUUGUGUACUGGUGGAAUACUCAACAAUGGUUUCCUGGAUUUAGUGUUAUAACUGGGGAACACAAAUUGUCUCAACAAGAUCUCCAAAUUGCAUCCUCACUUGAUGAGAUGCAACUUCAAGAGUUUGAGUCACUCCAUCGAGACCUGAUUGCAACUGGUUUUGGUAAAGUCAAAUUCGAUCCUAUGGAUUUGAAGAAUCCUUUUCCUAACAAUGAAGGCUCUGUACAUUUGUGGCAUGGUGUUGAAGAUGGCAUUGUCUCUGUUAAACUCCAACGCUUCAUCGCGCAAAAACUUCCAUGGAUAAAGUAUCAUGAGCUACCAGAUGCUGGACAUAUGUUUCCUUAUGGUGAUGAUAGUAUAAAAGAUGCUAUAUGGAAGACCCUUUUAUCUGGAAAAAUUUAACUGAUUUUUACAAAAGUGGAAGUAAUUGUAUGGUCUUUCAAAGCCUUAGUUUUCAACUUGGAUGCUUAAAGGCAAAAAGAUUGGAAUGUUCAAAAUAAAGUAAGCCUCUGAGUAGUCUAGCUAAGAUUGCCUAAAUGCUCAUGCUGAGCAUGAGAAGUGGAGUUAUCUUUAUGUGGUGUUCAGCUUGAAUAAUGAUAUAUAUACUCCUUUUGUUUCAAGU